AUCAUGGAACUUAAAGCUUCAACUAUGGAGGACGAUAUGAACUAUACAAGUUUAGAAGAGGACGGCUGUCCCUUAUUUUUUCACAAGGACGCGGAGUCAGGGUAUUUCUCGGGAAUCUCAAAUGUAAGUCUCAAAGAAGACAAUCUCAUCUCGUCGAAACAAAGCCUGCUUGAACCUCCACAUGAACCACGAAAAACGCCAGAAAGCCCUGGAAUUAGUCAGCCCUUAAAGCAAUUAAACAUUUCUUCUAGCUCUUCGACUCUAGCAAUACAAAAUACAGAGUUCUCAAAGAUGGUGUGUCGAGAUAAAAAUGGUGACACUCAGCUCCAUACGGCUAUAUGGCAAAAGAAAGUACAGACGGUUAUCUACAUUAUAGAAUGCAUAGUUUCUGUUGACAGGGGAUGGUUGAAUUUUCCUAAUUUAAAGCUGCAGACACCACUGCAUGCUGCAACAUUGCAAAGAAUGGUUGAAAUCGUUGCUUUUCUCAUGAAAGAGAAUGCGGAUAUAAGAAUUUGUGAUGACCAAGGUGAUACACUGUUACAUAUCGCCAGCAGAGAAGGGUACGAUGACAUAGUGAAAACAAUUCUAAAUACUGGAGACAGACAAGUCGUCAUAAGCUGCAUAGAGACUCACAACUAUAAUGGUCAGACCUGUCUUCAUUUAGCUGCUAACGGUCUACAUUUUAGUGUACUUAGAUUGCUUGUGUCCAGUGGUGCCGAUGUGAAUGUUAAAGAUGGCAUGUAUAAUUAUACUAUUCUUCACUGUGUCGUGCAAAGACACAGUUCUGAAUUGCUGGACUACGUGUUAGAUAUAGAAAACAUUUCUUUGGAUGCCACGUCUUAUGCCGGAGAAACUGCCUUACAACUCGCAGAGAGACAGGGAUUCUGUGACAUGUCUAAAGUUUUAAGGGAAUAUACGAACAAUAUACGCUCCAAAUAUUUGUGAGCCAAUUUAUUCCCUGAGCAGAAAAAAAUCAUUUUUUAUAAACCAUCUCGGUCUUUUUUUUUUACUUUAAUCUUGUAAAUUAUGUUGUGAGAUGAAUAGUUAUGUUAUAAGACAAAU